UUGCGAUUAAUUGCGAUUAACUGUGGACAAUCAUGCAAUUAAUUGCAAUUUUAUAUAUAUAUAUAUAUAUACACUGAAAUGUAAACGUGUAAAACUAAGAAUAUAAUGGGUUAAGUUUCUCCUAGUUUUUAGGUUCUGUUCUGCACAACAUUUGAAGCUUAAAAGGCAAAAAUAAGAAUUGAAGUUGAAGUUAAUUUUCCCGUUCACUGAUUUGUUAUUCUCUAUAGAAAAAAAAUACAAAGAGAGGAAAGACAGAUUUAACCCUGCAGACGGGUGAAUGAGGGAGGAAAAGACGACUCACUCACAGCUGUUGAUCAGUGAGACAGAAAGAGGGAAGAGAGGAAGAGAGAGGAAACUGAACACAGAGGGAAGCAGAGAGAGAGAGAGAAAGCAUUAACCAUGCGCACAUGAGAAUCAGAGAGAGUCAGAAAGAGAGAGAGAGAGAGAGAGAGAGAAAGAGAGAGAGAGAGAGAGAGAGAAGGAGAAGGGAGGGCAGCAGAGGGAGAAAAAAGGCUUAAUUAAUUCAGGGUGGAUGGGAGGGAUGUUGCUGCUGUCCCUGCCGAGGCUUCAGUGCCUCUGCUGUCGUGCUGCCUGUAAGCCGAGUGUUUGUGUUGAGCAGAGAGGACGACUCGGCUGCUGCUGACUGCUGUUGACUGCUGACUGAGAACCAGACACCAGUCCAGCCCGGCUACGACUCCACUGACUGUCUGACUAGCUGGCUCUUCAGUGAACCACCCAGCAGGGAUGUUACAUGGACUAUAGUGGGAGCAGCGAUGGCCAGAGAUCAGAGGUGUUUUUUUGUUGCAGACCUGCUGAGAAACUGUGUGCUAUCUCUUGAGGAGUAGUUAGUGACAGACAAUCACCAGACGUCCUUUUUUGUUUUUGAGUUUUGCCAUUCAAAGUGACAAAUUCAAUAUCCGGAGCACCUCAGCAAUAUUCAGGACGUGACAGCAACGACCCUCGGCUUCAGCCAAACACUUGAAAAAAUCCUGCUCAACUGAACAUCAUCAUCUUUUCCGCCUCCUCCGCGACUCACGUGACCUCAGUCAUUUCAGCUUCCCACCUCCUGUGUGCUCGCAAAGGUGCUUGUUGUGAAGAGGCAGAGAUGACACCCCAAAACCUCUUCGCCUCAGUCUUGUUACACAACUUGACCCAAGGAUAGCCAUCAAUUCCCCCCCCCCCCCCCCCCCAAAGCGGCACUCGUGGACCGAAACACUCCUAGACACAGAGCCCCGCCCCUGGCUUCAGGCAGUAUGGGAGACGGGAGCUGGGUAUGUCUGAGCCCAGCUGAGUUCAGCCAGCUGCAACAGUACAGCGAGUACUCCACCAAGAAGCUGAAGGAUGUGCUGGAGGAGUUCCACGGUGAAGGAAUUCUGUCCAAAUACAACCCAGAGCAGAAGCAAGACGUUCUCAACCAACCCAUUGAUUAUGAGGGCUUCCAGCUCUUCAUGGCCACCUACUUGGAGAACGACAUCCCAGAGGAGCUGUGUCAGCACCUUUUCACCUCCUUCAAGAGCAAGACGGGAGGCUGCUCUCCCGACCAGUCACGUGCAGGAACGAGCUUACUAGGGAUGAACGGGAAGAGCAUCCUGUCUGCGAUGGGCCGGCACACACCGGAGCACUCCAGCGUGAUGAGCACGGUGGGCUCGGGAGCCACCACCUCCCCUUGUUCAUCUCGCUCCUCCUCGCAGCGUUCGGGGACGGGGGCCCACACACCUGGAGGGCCCCACCGAUCACCCUGCACCCAGGUCAAAACAUCAGAGGGGAGCAGCAACGCCCUAACCCCCAACGCUGGGCCGGCCAGGUCGCCGGUGUCCCCCAAACUCUCACCAGAGAGGAGCCACUCCGAGAAGCAUUUGUCGCUGCGGAGGAGCCCGUCGCCCCAGAAAGGCUCCCCCCUGCCGUCGCCCCAGGUGGUUUUUCUCAAGGACAUCGUCUGCUACCUCUCCCUGCUGGAGAGGGGGACGCCGGAGGACAAGCUGGAGUUCAUGUUCCGGCUGUACGACACAGACGGCAACGGGGUUCUGGACAGCUCGGAGCUGGAUCGCAUCAUCAAUCAGAUGGUGCAUGUGGCCGAGUAUCUGGAGUGGGAUUCAACAGAACUGCGACCGAUACUGAAGGAGAUGAUGGAAGAGAUCGAUUACGACAGAGAUGGGACAGUCACACUGGAGGAGUGGAUCAGAGGAGGCCUCACCACCAUCCCUUUACUGGUCCUGCUUGGCAUGGAAACGAACGUACAGGAGGACGGGCAGCAUGUUUGGCGUCUGAAGCACUUCAACAAACCAGCUUACUGUAACUACUGCCAUACCAUGCUGCUCGGAGUUCGCAAGCAGGGCCUCUGCUGCUCCUUAUGCAAGUACACAGUGCACGAACGCUGUGUGUCCAAAGACAUCGCUGCCUGCAUCAGCACCUACGCCAAGUCACGUAGACACACCAACGCUAUGCAGCAUGUUUGGAUGGAGGGUAACUCUCCGACCAAGUGCGACCGUUGUCACAGAAGCAUCAAGUGUUACCAGGGCCUGACGGGCCUGCACUGCGUCUGGUGUCAGAUCACUCUCCAUAAUAAAUGUGCAUCUAAUGUGAAGCCGGAGUGUGAUGGAGGAGCCUUGAGGGACCACACUCUGUUGCCCUCGUACAUCUGCCCUGUUGUCCUGGACCGUCAUUCUGUGGUGAAGCGUGGUGAGGGGGAUUCGCCACCCAGCACCAGCCCCGAUGACAUCAAUCAGACCUUCAAGUUCUCCCCUGGAGACGGACAAGCACUGCAGAUCACCCCUCUCCCAGGUACUCACCCGCUCCUGGUCCUGGUCAAUCCCAAGAGUGGAGGGAGGCAGGGGGAGCGGGUGCUGAGGAAGUUCAGGUACCUACUAAACCCCAGGCAGGUGUACAGUUUGGAACAAGGGGGACCAAUGGUAGGGCUCAACUUUUUCCACGAUGUCCCUGAUUUCCGGGUGCUUGCUUGUGGAGGUGACGGCACUGUGGGCUGGAUCCUCGACUGCAUAGAUAAGGCCAACUUUGCCAGGCACCCUCCAGUGGCCAUCCUGCCGCUGGGCACCGGAAACGACCUGGCACGCUGCUUACGCUGGGGAGGAGGUUACGAGGGCGGCAGCUUGCUGAAGUUCCUUCGGGACAUCGAGCACAGCGCAGAGGUGGUGCUGGAUCGCUGGAACAUAGACAUCGUCCCUGAUGACAAGGAGGAGAAGGGAGACCCCGUCCCCUACAGCAUCGUCAACAACUACUUCUCUAUUGGAGUGGACGCCUCCAUCGCCCAUCGCUUCCAUCUGAUGCGGGAAAAGCACCCUGAGAAGUUCAACAGCAGAAUGAAGAACAAGCUCUGGUACUUUGAGUUUGGCACCACUGAGACCAUUUCUGCCACCUGCAAGAAACUCAACGAAUGCAUAGAAGUGGAGGCCGACGGGAUCAUCUUGGACCUCAGCAACACCUCCUUAGAGGGCAUCGCUGUGCUCAACAUUCCCAGCAUGCACGGCGGCUCCCACCUGUGGGGCGAGACGAAGAAGAGGAGGAACUACAACCGCAUGAGCAAGAAGGUUCCUGACAGGAUGCCAGCCAGCACUGUCACAGACGCUAAAGAGCUCAAAUUCUGCAGUCAAGACUUCAGUGACCAGCUGGUGGAGGUGGUCGGCCUGGAAGGGGCGAUAGAGAUGGGACAGAUCUACACUGGACUGAAGAGUGCCGGACGCAGACUGGCUCAAUGUUCCAACGUCACCAUCAGGACGUCCCGGCGGCUGCCCAUGCAGAUCGAUGGCGAGCCCUGGAUGCAGCCCCCCUGCACGAUCAAGAUCACGCACAUGAACCAGGUCCCCAUUUUACUGGGCCCGCCUCAGAAGACGCCCUUCUUCUUCUUCAAGAAACGCAACCGGAGCCGCGACUAGGACACAUGCAUGCACACACAAACACACAUUAUACAGUACAUAUGUGCACACACACACACACACACAGACACACACACACAUGCCAAUCACUGUAUAGGCAGCUCCAUCAGACGACUGGUGCACUGUUCCCAGGUUGGAGUUUGAAAGCGGGAAGUUCAUCAACGGGAUCACAUUGUGGAACAUUCUUAAAGUCGGGAUGCCUACAGACAAUUCACUCCCAGAGGAACCUGCAGUGAUGGCACCCGAAAUUAAAAGACUCUCCGUAUAACAGUAUCGACCUAUUCCUGUGUACCCAUCAUCCUCUAGUCUCGUCCCAGCCAUGCAUUUAGUUGCAACAGCCAAGUCUCUCAGCCCAAACCUCUCAGCCAUAUGCCAGUACUGCACUGCCCGCUAAACACAACUGCUGGGAUUCCCUCGCAGCCCCCAGAAUGAAGUACAGGAAGUGAUAGUGAGGAAGAAGAAGAAGAAAAGAAAGCAGGUUGUUUUAAUGAAGAAAGAAAGAGCUCCAACACACUACAGUGAGGAAGAGAAGAAGUGAGAGAGGCGUGGCGGUAAUUGUGGUUGUUUACAAGGCCGGUGAGUAAAUAGAGUAAGAUCCACCUCUUCUUUAAAACACCUGUAUGAAUAAUGAAACAGCGGUUGCUUGUAAGAGCGCUCGCCGCGGGGCCUCCCCCAUAGACUGACAGCACGGUGCAGAGGAGCAGAGAGGAAGAGCCUCAUCCAUUAUUGACUUAUUUUUGUUUGUGGGUUGACGGCAGUGGGGCGUAACAGUGGCCUGGAUGGGUUGAAACAUGCAGGGAUUUUGGCCCCCUUAGCAUCACUGACCUACAAAAACAGAUCCUGUAAACCAUAUUUACAGACUGUGUGGACGAUCCGGCGUUAGACUUCAGGCAGAGGAGCUUCCUGUCCCGUUGUGCACAGUUAUCACUGUAUGAACUGAGUCUAGAUACAGAAAGUAGAGAUUGGAGAUGUUGUAGUUCAUCUUGUUUUUUCUUAGGACGCUUUCACAAGCCAACAUUUAGUCCGCUCUAAUCGAACUCUGGUGCGGUUUGUUUGGGCGGUUGUGAACGCAGUAAACAGGCAGCCUGUGUUUUAGUUCGUGUGGAAACGGUUCGAGACCACAAGCGGUCUCGGCCCAGUUGUUUUGGUCCACACCAGAGUACAAUUACCGCGUUCACAACUGCCCAAAUCAGGGGUCUGCAGCCUGCGUCUCCGGAGCCACAUGCAGCUCUUUAGCCCCUCUUCAGUGGCUCCCUGUAGAUUUUUAAA